CCCCCCCAACCAUCAUCAGCUUCUUUCCUUUCCUUCUUCCUUCAUUCUCAUCUUACCAUUACUAUAUAACUCUUACUCCUUAACUGCCCCGAUCCCCCCGCCCCUCCCUCUAAAUUCACCCGCACGAUAAUUGUUCUUUAUCAAAAAUGACUCCUAAAUCUUCUGUUCUCCUUCACAGAGUCAACCAUCCAGGCGCCGCCGUCCCCCACCACCACCUUCGGGACGAUCCUCUCCCCGCUUCUUCCAUCGCCACCAUACCCGACCAGGUGGCCCGCUACCACACCCACGCCGUUGCUCCCAACCAGUGCUGCUCCGCCGUCACCCAGAACAUCACCGCCCCGCUUUCCACCGUGUGGUCCGUCGUUCGCCGCUUCGAUAAUCCCCAGGCCUACAAACACUUCGUCAAGAGCUGCCACGUCCUCGUCGGCGAAGGCGACGUUGGCACCCUGCGGGAGGUCCACGUCAUAUCCGGCCUCCCCGCCUCUAACAGCACGGAGCGCCUCGAGGUCCUCGACGACGAGCGGCACGUUCUGAGCUUCAGCGUCGUCGGGGGGGAGCACAGGCUCUCCAACUACCGCUCCGUGACGACACUCCACUCCGCUGGGGACGGCGAGGGCACCGUCGUGGUGGAGUCGUACGUGGUGGACGUGCCGCAGGGGAACACGAAGGAGGACACGUGCGUGUUCGUGGACACGAUCGUCCGGUGCAACCUGCAGUCGCUGGCGCAAAAGGCCGAGGACUUAGCCAGACGAAACGACAUGGACGAUUAGCAAAUUUCUUUCUGGCUCCUCCUUUUUCUUUCUUCUUUUACUGAGAAUAUUUUCUGAAUAGUAUCAGAAAUUAGAAAUUCAAUAUUUUAUUAUGCUUCUGUAUUCUUGAAAAGAGGGCACCGCCUUGUUUUGUGAUUACGAGGAUUGCAAGUUCGCCGUGGCUAGCUGUCUCUGUUGUUGUUGUUGGUGUUUUUUUUUUUUUGGGUUUAGUAUUUUUGACUUCUCCCAUGGCUUGCUUGCAGAAAAACAUGCUUCGCACUGCAAUGCAAGAGAUGACUGAAUGGAUUAUAUAUAUAUGUAUAUGUAUAUCAUUAGCUUGUUUAAUUAUUAAA